CCUGCAGCCAUGAAACUGUUCUUGCUUACCUUCGCUGCGGCUCUGGCUUUGGCCUCCGCCGGUCGCUUUGACUACCGCACUCUCCAGCUUCCCAGGGUCACCGUCGAGGAGACCCCAGAGGGCCGCAUCGUCAAUGGCUACCCGGCGACCGAGGGCAAGGCCCCCUACAUCGUGGGUCUGCUGCUCCGCACUGACGGCAGCAACGGCGCCGCCGUCGGAGCUGGUUCCAUCAUCUCCAACGACUGGGUCCUGACCGCUGCUCACUGUCUGACCACCGACUCCAUCGACAUCCACUACGGUUCCAACUGGGGCUGGAAGGGUGCCUUCUCCCACAACGUUCGUCGCGACAACUUCAUCAGCCACCACGACCACGACAUCGGUCUGAUCCGCACCCCGUGGGUGGACUUCAACAACCUGGUCAACAAGGUAGCUCUGCCCAGCUUCAACGAGGAGCACGACCGUUUCACCGACACCUGGGCCGUCGCCUGCGGAUGGGGUGGCAUGGACAACGGAGACCUGGCUGAAUGGCUCCAGUGCAUUGAUGUCCAGAUCAUCAGCAACAGCGAGUGCUCGCAGGCCUACGGAUCUGUCUCUGACCAGGAUAUGUGCACCCGCAUGAGCGACGGCAAGUCAGCCUGCGGCGGUGACUCCGGCGGUCCCCUCGUCACACACGACAACCCUCGCCUCGUGGGAGUGAUCACCUUCGGCUCCGCGACCUGCCACAACGGACCCUCCGGCUACACCCGCACCACCGACUACCUGGGAUGGAUCCGCGACCACACUGGCAUCUCCUACUAAAAUCUUUUCUAAUGGGAGUGAUUUUUCGCAAGGACAACGAAACGUUCAAUAAAUUCUUGGCAUACCUUUAAA